AUGGCGUCCAAAAGAGCAUUGCGGGCCCUGCAACUACAGCUCGCCCACCCGCAAGCACCUCAAUGCGCGCAUAGAGCUGCUUCUCGCACAGCAGCCAAGCAGCAGCAGCGACAUCAAUCCUCUUCUACAAGCGCAAUCGCCUACAAAGCGCUACACCGCCGCAUCUCGCCUCUACCAGCCGCAACAGCCAGCACAGCUAAUGUAUCUCCCGCAGCAGCUGUGUCCAGCAUCCUCUACGAGACUCCUAUUCCUUCGACAGCACCCCCAAAACGGCAUGUUCUCAACUGUCUCGUGCAGAACGAGCCUGGCGUGCUAUCACGCGUCUCCGGUAUUCUAGCAGCACGAGGCUUCAACAUUGACAGUCUGGUCGUCUGUAGUACGGAGGUGCAGGACCUCUCACGCAUGACGAUCGUGCUGCAAGGGCAGGACGGCGUAGUAGAGCAAGCACGAAGACAAUUGGAAGACUUGGUGCCGGUAUGGGCGGUGUUGGACUACACAGCAGCGCCUCUCGUUCAACGCGAACUUCUCCUAGCCAAGAUCUCCAUACUCGGCCCGGAGUACUUCGAAGAGCUCCUGGCGCAUCACCGAGAGAUGACCGAUUACCAAGAUCAGACUUCGUUCGGUACUACACAGGCAGAAGAUCUCACGCCGGACCAGCUGGCCGACCGGCAAGAACAGCAGGAGCAGGAGCAAGCGCAACAGCCUUUCGACUACCACCCGCGCAAUCUGCCGCCGAGUGAAGCACUGCGGUUGAAGAACCAGCACUUGCAGACGAUCACUUACCUCACGCAUCAGUUUGGCGGGAAAAUACUCGACAUCAGCACGAACAACUGCAUUGUUGAGCUCAGUGCGAAGCCGGUCAGGAUCGAUAGUUUCAUGAAGCUGAUCUCGCCGUUCGGCAUACUGGAAAGCGCGAGGACCGGCCUCAUGGCUCUGCCACGCUCGCCGCUCCACGGCACCGCUGAGCUCGAGGAGAAGGAAGCGGAGGAUGUCGUUGACACUGCUUCACUACCACCAAGCUAG